CAGAAGGUGAACCACUACCCGCACGCGAAGCACCUGACGCGCAAGGACUUUUUAGCGAGAUCCAUCGGCCGCUGCCGCCACCUCGCCGCGACGGGCGGCGGCGGCAAGCACGCGGGGUUCUUCGACCUCUGCCCCGAGACGUACCUGUUGCCCGCGGAGUAUUCCGCGCUCGUCGCCGCGCACGUCGACAAGCAGAAGCGGGGCGCGAAGCCGACGUGGAUCAUGAAGCCCGUCGGGCUGAGCCGCGGCCGCGGGAUUAGCGUGGUGUCGUCCAUCGAGGACGUCACGUACGCGGACCCGGUGGUGGUGCAGGCGUACCUCGACCGGCCGCGGCUCCUCGGCGGCCACAAGUUCGAUCUACGGUUGUACGUGCUCGUGACGUCCUUCGCGCCCCUGGAGGCGUUCCUCUACCGGGAGGGCUUCGCGCGCGUGGCGACGAAGCCCUUUUCGGCGCCGGGCGACGACAACGGCGACAAAUUCGUGCAUCUGACAAACGCUUCAAUUCAAAAGCACGGCGGCCAGGAGAAGGGCGAGCUCUACGGGCCCCUGGCCGGCGCCGGGCCCGACGAGGCCGGGGGCACGAAAUGCUCGUUGGACUUUCUCUGGCGGCGGCUUCGCCGCGAGGACCCGACGUUCGACGAGGCGCGCGUCUGGGACGGCGUCCGCGAGCUGGUCCUGAAAUCGCUGGUCUGCGUCGAGGACUCCAUCCCGCACCAGCCCAACUCCUUCGAACUCUUCGGCUACGACGUCCUCAUCGACGCGGACUCGCGGUGCUGGCUCAUCGAGGUCAACGCGUCGCCGUCGAUGGCGCGCGAGACGUCGCUCGACGCGGACGUCAAGGAGCGGUGCAUCCGCGACGUCAUCAACCUCGUGGACCCC